UCGUUGCACCGCGGGGGGCAGGCCGUCUGCGGUGGCGGACUCACCCGGCCCAGGUCACUGCAGAGCUCACCGGUUCGCUCAGACGCUCGGCCGAGCUGGCGCCGCGUGGGUCCGUCGCCCGGUGCACAGUGCAGGGACUGAGAGGUGCACAGUGCACGGAAUGAGCGGAGCACGGUGCACGGACUGAGCGGUGCACAGUGAGCGGACUGAGAGACGGGACUGAAAGGUGCAGAGUGACCGGACUGAGGAGUGUGGGGUGUCUGGAGUGCGUAAUGCAGUGCAUUGCAGAUUAAUGCAUUGCAGAUUAAAGAGUGUUGUGUCACACCUUCGCAUCGCAGUUGCAUCCAUCGGGAGCGUGACUUCAGUGCUUAGACAAUUGGGGGCGAUAAAAGCUGGUGUUGUUUUACAUAACCCGGUCUUUUAUAACGGAUCCGCAGCAACUGCUAUUUCGCCUGAGCUGCGGUGAUCCUUUUAUUCAGCUGACCUGACCUAAACUGACCUCAUAUUAUCUAACCACAGCUGGAAAACCCCAUCUGAUCCAACUUGAUGUGACUAAACUUUAUUCGUGCCGUCUGAUCAUUAUUCCCAAUCUAAAUAACCUGUGUUCUUCGGAAACUCUUGGUCUCCCUCUCCCUCAUUAUUUGCCCCGUAUCCCUAACCUGAGUAAUACUGAGUCACUGCCGCCUCGAUUGGCAAACAUUGCGGUGCAUCGUGAGCCUCUAAGUGAAACACAAUGUAUAGACGACGACAUGCCACGCUGCUGGUCACACUGCUGGUGACGUUGCUGUCGUUCUGCGCGGGGCCGAGCUGGUCGGCCGUUCUCCCCGGCCUAGCGAAUCGCUCCACGGACAACUGCACGACACCCGUGUCUCUGAACUCCGUGCUGCUCUCUGUGGCGCGCAGUCCCGAGGUGACUGACGAGACGGACGACGAAACCUCCCCUCUGAGCUCCAGGCUUGGUCCGUUCGGUCAGAUCCCGGAGCUGGACAAUCGAGACUCCUUCUCCAAAGGCGGCACAGUGAUCUUCGACACCAGCCCGCUCACGCCGCAAGACUUUGAGCGUGCGGAAAACCUGGUGGAGCAACCCUCUGAUGCCGAUAUCGAUGAUCUCAUGUACCAGGAGGAGUAUUUCCAGGGAGACAUCGUCAUGCCCGUCAGUGACUUUGUGGCGCUCAAUGAGGACAACGCGGUGGUCGAGACUAGUCUGUGGCCGGGCGGGCGGAUCUACUACACCAUGUCCGGUAGGUUUACAACGCACGAGAAGAGUGUCAUCGCCAGUGCCGUGAAAGAGUUCGAGCGACGCACCUGUAUCCGAGUGAUUCCUCUGACGCCGGGGUACACCGAGUACGAUCACGUUCACGUCACCAAAGACGAGGGCUGCUUCAGCUCCGUGGGCAAGAAGGGCGGUCGGCAGGAGCUGUCACUGGGACAGGGAUGUAUCUUCAAAGGCAUCGUGAUGCACGAGUUCAUGCAUGCGGCAGGAUUCUGGCACGAACAGAGCCGCCCAGACCGCGACGACUUCGUGCGCGUGCAUUACGACAACAUCAAGCCGCUGAUGCGCUUCAACUUCAAAAAGUACGAGUGGGGCAAGGUGCCGAACCUUGGUCUUUCGUACGACAUCGGCUCCAUCAUGCACUACGGGCCGUACGCGUUCGCGCGCGACAAGACUCGGCCGACAUUGACGGCGCUCCGGAGCGCUGGCAAUGGACGAAUGGGUCAACGGGACGGAUUCAGCAGCCUGGACGUGCAGAAGCUGAACAGCUUGUACGGCUGCGGGGGCACGAAGCCGAAGCCGCCACCGCCUCCGCCGCCGCCCACGCCAAAGCCCACUGUGUGUGAGGAUACGAACAAUCACUGCGAGUACUGGGCCACGCGAGGAGAGUGUUCGCGAAACCCGAAGUAUAUGUUGCAGUACUGCAAACGGUCCUGCAAGGAGUGCGGAGACUGCCGGGACAUGAACAAAUCCUGCCUAUCAUGGGCCGAGCGGGGCGAGUGCGGCAGGAACCCCAGCUACAUGCACGUCUACUGCCGGCUCUCCUGUAGCCUCUGCCAGGCCCCGCCAAAGCCUCCACCGAGUCCCUGCAAGGACAACAACAGCAACUGCGCCGGCUGGGCCAGCGCCGGCGAGUGCUACAAAAACCCCAGCUACAUGCUGGUCGUGUGCAAAUUGUCGUGCAACAAGUGCUAAUGGUGGUGCAAUGUGGCAGAGUGGGUGAUGUGUGUUGUUAUGACGGGAUGACAUUGCUGGAAGGUGGAUGGGUCUAGUGGACAAGGAUUGGAGUUGAAGGAACAGUACAGAAUAUAAAGGGAGCCUAGUGGGGGAUGGGGGGGGGGGCACUGACUAGACAGAAGCUAGAGUUUGAUGCGGUCGAUUCAGUUUGGAGGUAAACGUAAAGCUCAAUGCUAAGUCGAUCUGUAUAUGCUAUUGAGAAAUAUGUACAUAUUUUUAUGUAAUGUUAAACCUAUUUAUUUACCAUUGUCGACUGAGUGUAUGUGGUGCUAUCAAUGCAGAAAUGCCUACUUUAUCAACGUUGUGCGUUAAAUAAUUGCGAAUAAAUAUGGGGA